AUGUACGCGCUAAAUCCUUUAAUACCUGUGAGACCGGCGGCACCGCGGUCGGAUGGUGUUUUUGACGUCCCCCCAUGCAUUGAAAGUCGAAGGAAUGAUGUAUCAACUCGCGUAGCUGCUGUUUCUAAAGAAUGGUCAUGGGGUAUGGCUGAUGAGAAGUCUCUCGCUCUUAUAAUUCCGUCUACACAAGAUCCUCUUGCUGUAUCCAAGCAAAAAUUCGUUGCUUUGCUUGAAUACUCCGAAGAAGAACUAGGCUUGGAGAAGGUUCUUGCCCUCUUCGAGAAGUCGUCUAACACCAUCGAACAUGGUUUCCCUAGAACUUUACGUUACAUAGGAUUCCGUGUUCUUGCUCCAGACGCCACUCCAGAGACGAUCGAUACUUCUAAAUAUUUUGCCAUGUCUUAUACUAUUUAA